AUGCCUGCAAAAACGCCUUCAGAGACUCUUUCAUGGAUGACUACUCAAGUUAUUAUUCAUCCUCUUGUUUUGCUUUCUGUAGUCGAUGCGUUUAAUAGAGUUGCACUUAAUACUUCAAAACGUGUGGUAGGUGUUCUUUUAGGUCAAAAAAAUGGUAAAAUUGUAAAUGUUGCCAAUAGUUUUGUGGUUCCCUUUGAAGAGGAUGAGAAAGAUCCACAGGUAUGGUUUUUGGACCACAAUUAUAUGGAAUCUAUGAAUGAGAUGUUUAAAAAGAUUAAUGUUCGAGAAAAAAUGAUUGGGUGGUAUCAUACAGGACCUAAGCUAAGAUCUUCUGAUAUUGAAAUUAAUGAACUUUUUAAAAAAUAUAUUCCUGAUCCUUUAUUGGUGAUUAUUAACGUGAAGCCACGAACACUUGGUAUUCCUACUGAUGCAUACUUUGUAAUAGAGGAGAUUAGGGAUGAUGACACAAUGACAUCAAAGACUUUUGUUCAUGUUUCAUCGAGUAUUGAAGCAGAAGAAGUUGAAGAAAUUUGUGUAGAGCAUCUUCUUAGAGACAUCAAGAAUGCGGCUGUAGGCACGCUUUCUACUCGUAUUACAAAUCAGCUUCAUUCUCUUCGUGGAUUGAGUCAACGAUUAAGUGAGAUUUCUCAAUAUCUUGGUAAAGUUCUUGAUAAAAAGCUUCCUGUCAAUCAUAUGAUUCUUGAAAUCAUGCAGGACAUUUUUAAUUUAGUUCCAAAUCUUUCUUCGUUUUUUCCCGAUACAAAAAUAUCUUCUAUUCAAGGGAAUAACGAAAAAUAUGAUCCUAAUAAUGAUUUGACUAAAGCGUUUCGUGUAAAAACAAAUGAUCAAUUAAUGUGCAUCUACUUAAGUAGUAUUAUACGAUGUGUGAUGUCAUUACAUGAUCUUAUCGAUAAUAAGAUUCAGAAUAAAGAAAGGAGUAAUGAUGAGACAGAUGAUACUUUGGAUGAUAAGAUUAAUGAAAAGAAUAAGGGGCAAUAG